UACUAGUACUACUGGUAGUAAAAGAAAGAAAGAUACCAAGUACGUAUCAGAGCUACAUGCUGUCGAAACUAGAGAGGUGCUUUUACGGUACAGACUAGUACCUUACGUACGGCUCUAGUACAAGUUGCCAGGGGUCAUAUCUUCGGACUGGACAGUAAUUAAAAAAAAUAAUAAUUUCGACGUUCUGGUAUCUUUUUUUCAUUACAGUACGAGUUCUGUAUUUCACGAACAACCAACUCUAAAAAGACCAGGUAGAGUACAACCAUGGUGCGAUGCGACGGACACAACCAAAAAUACUCUACCAUCGAUGAGGAGUAUGCCGGCAUUGAUUUUUCCAACUGGAAACGCGGAGACUGGUGUUGGUUGUCGCCGCCUCCAUCCCCGCCAAGAAAACCAAAACCAAAACCAAUCCCUUCCGUUUCGUCGCAUCCACCGCAAAAGAGAAGGCUCUCCAGUGAGGACGGAACAGACACACCAAGCAACCCCUUGCGUUUCCACAAGCAGAUGAAAGUCAAACCAGAUUUCCCGGUAUCGUCGUCUGGCGGGAUUCAUAUUAGCCACCAUCGCCACGAGAGUACGACACCCACCGAGCCCAUGCUCAUGGAAAAGCGAGGCAGCAGUUGCAAGACGAAGGCGGAACCCAGUGGCGAUCGGGGGAAUGAUACCAAUACAGUUCCAGCGAUAGCUACGACGGUGUCCACCUCGAAACAAUGGUUUCUUCCCAAGCAGGAGAAAAGAGAGAGGACCGAACACAAGCUCAGGGCUGCGAGGGAAAAAGCCUACGAAAAGUAUGCGGAUCGCACCCUCUUGCAUCGGUUCCGGGGUAUCGGCCUCCUGGGCGGGAACUUACAGAUGACCUUCCCAAGUCCAAGAAAGGGCUGCCCGAAAACAUUCGACGAGAACAACAACAUCCGACAGGGCUACCCGAGGCCCAGGAGGGCCCUGAACCACCCCAACGUAGCCCUGGCCACCGGAGAAAAAUUCAACAUGGAAGCGUUUACGAUUGCUACCUUUAGCGGGUUUUGGCAGCCGAACGGCCCCAACUUCGCAGCGCAGCCCACAGCCGCGGUUACCAGCCUGCCCGGAUGCAUGUUCGAGGACCGUAGCCUGGCAGUUCCGUUUUUCAUCAAGCGGUCCCUCACAAAGAGAGGCGCAAAGAGGGAGGGAAGGAUCCUCGGGUGGGAAUACGUUGGGAACUACCGCUAUGCAUCCGACCCCGACCUCACCCUGUGGGGGUCCGCUGGGUCUGUCCCCGACGCCUGCAAGCGCGGGCUCGAGGACCGCAUCCUCCGAUCGGCCGCAUCCGGAGACGACGACUUUGGCCGGAGGAUUCUGGACCACUGGAGGAACAAGCUGAACGUUGCCCUCGAGCAGCAGAGCGACAGCGGCAACGAUGGCGAAAACGAUACACCCAAUAGUAUGAUCCAGAGAGCCAUUGCCAUGGGCUACGGGCCGGCCACCAACGAUAAGGAUCUCCUGCGCCUUGUCCUGGAGCUCGACGAAUACCACGAGCAGUACAUCAUCGAGUUUGUCGAGUACGACGAAGCCAUCUACAAAUAUUGCAGCAAGGGCCCGACGAGCAAGAAUUCCCGUGGCGAGGUUCAGGCAACCAGGGGUGGUGCCCUUGCCACCGCGGAGGACUGGUACAAUUUUUCAAACGAAAACAUGGUCAUGCUGUAGUAUAACAUAGCACAGCCUAGCACAAGAGAGCGAAGCAGAGCUACCACCCAAUCGGCAUUUGUUUUUGGUUCGAAACAGAACCAAACAUGCACCUCCCUUUGGAAUUGACCUCUUUUUAGAGACAAUCGCAUUCUCCUGCUAAGGGUUCCAAUUUUAGAGCUUACUGCGUAGUGCAGUACUUCUACAAGAUAAGGCUUUCCGCAAGCUCACAAGCAUUAAGAGUACUCGUACAAAACGAACGCAGUAUCAAGCUAAAGCUCCCGACUGCAAAUACAAAAAUUGAUGCUUUCUGUAAACGUCAAAAGCACUUGUGAAAAAUGCAAACAACAAACGCAUUUGUUAUCAGAUUGAUAUUGGAAUAAGGAUCAUGUUACUGC